AUGGAGACGCGGCGGACGCAGGCGGGCUUGACUCGCGGCAUGGCGAGCGGUGUCGGCGCGCGCUGGCGGCUCACCGCCGGCGCAUGGCAGGCGUCGGCGAGCACUCUCAGCUCGCGGAGGCACUGGCGCGGUCACUCGCGGCUCGCGGCGCCGUCUACUCGACUCGCUCAGGGCGCGGGCUACGGAGCGGCAGCGGGUACGGAAUGCGGGCGGCCGCACCACUCGCCAUCUGAAGCGGGACUGAGCGCGACGCGGCGGCGGGCGGCGGGCGGCGAGCGCGCGCGCGCACCAGGUACACGGUUAUGA